UAUCACUCAGGGACAAGUUUUCUUUUAAAGGAAUGUUUCUGCUCUUGUCUCUGUGGCCUUGACAGCUUUCACACAAAGCGCGCCUUGUGCGUCAGUGGGCUUCAAUGCCACUCAGUGCUCAGGUAAGGCGUGCGGUUGUUCAGCCUGAGCUUCAAGGUUGAAGGGGGAUUGCUGUGAAAAGAGACCAGGUCCAGUACCUUUCUGACAAACAUCUGACAAAUGCAGCAUUUGCUGCAAUGAAAAUAACAGGCUUCCAGCAGCAUGGCCAUUCAGCGCAGCGAUGAAGUGCAGCAGAAGACAUUUCACCCUUGGUAUUCUGCACAAAAUGGUAACAUCACGGGAACUGUGGUGCGCCAUGUACACGUCAAGCCGACGUCUGCACUGGUUGGGCCACAUGUCUGCGUGUAAAAUGUGACUGUGGUUGGAAGAAUUCUCAUUGAACGCAUGCUGCUGUGCGGCUGCCGUUGAAGGACCUGCAGUCUAGCUGGACGGUUACUGACACGGUCAGUCUCCUAGUUAGAGCUCCAGUGGUCGCGUUCGCACACGAGACGGACAGGCAGGGUUUACUGGUUCAGUUUUUUCAGUGUACAUGCAGUCUGAGACACGAAGUCGCUUGUUUGAUUUCCUGGCUCAUGGCUUGAGACCUGGAAUGCCCCCAGCCAAUCGAAUGACUCCUCAGGGCCCGUCCAUGGGGCCUCCAGGCUAUGGGGCCAGCCCGGUGUCUCGCCCAGGCAUGCCAGUCAUGGAUCCCUCACGCAAGAGGCCCGCUCCAACACAGAUCCAACAGGUCCAGCAGCAGAACCGCAACCAACAUGCCAAGAAAAAGAAAAUGGCAGAUAAAAUUCUACCUCAGAGAAUCAGAGAGCUAGUCCCAGAGUCUCAGGCUUACAUGGAUCUGCUGGCCUUUGAGCGGAAGCUGGAUCAGACCAUUAUGCGCAAGAGACUCGAUAUCCAAGAGGCACUAAAGAGACCCAUCAAGCAAAAGAGAAAGCUGCGCAUCUUUAUCUCCAACACUUUCAACCCUGCCAAGCCUGAUGCUGAGGAUGGCGAGGGCACCGUAGCAUCUUGGGAGCUACGAGUGGAAGGACGACUGCUUGAGGAUACUGCUGUAUCCAAAUAUGAGGCCACCAAGCAGAAAAGGAAGUUCUCUUCUUUCUUCAAGUCUUUAGUAAUUGAGUUGGACAAAGACCUGUACGGGCCUGACAAUCAUUUGGUAGAGUGGCACAGAACGCCCACUACUCAGGAGACUGAUGGCUUUCAGGUGAAAAGGCCAGGAGAUGUUGGGGUGCGCUGUACUGUCCUCCUAAUGCUCGACUACCAGCCACCUCAGUUUAAGCUGGACCCCAGACUGGCCCGUGUGCUGGGCAUCCACACUCAGACCAGGCCAGUGAUUAUCCAGGCUCUGUGGCAGUAUGUGAAGACCCACAAACUACAGGACCCCCAUGAGCGCGAGUUCAUCAAUUGUGACAAGUACCUCCAACAGAUCUUUGAGACCCAGAGGAUGAAGUUCUCUGAGAUUCCUCAGCGCCUGCAUGCUCUACUGAUGCCCCCGGAGCCAAUAAUCAUUAACCAUGUAAUAAGUGUGGACCCCAAUGACCAGAAGAAGACUGCUUGCUAUGACAUUGAUGUUGAGGUGGAUGACACUCUUAAGACUCAAAUGAACUCAUUCCUACUGUCAACUGCUAGUCAGCAGGAGAUUGCAGGCUUGGAUAACAAGAUCCAUGAGACCAUUGAAACCAUCAAUCAGCUGAAGACUCAGAGGGAGUUCAUGCUGAGCUUUGCCCGCGAUCCUCAAGGUUUCAUCAAUGAUUGGCUGCAGUCACAGUGCAGGGACCUGAAGACAAUGACUGAUGUAGUUGGAAACCCAGAAGAAGAGAGAAGAGCUGAGUUCUACUUCCAGCCAUGGGCUCAAGAGGCUGUAUGUCGCUACUUCUACUCCAAGGUCCAGCAGAGAAGACAGGAGCUGGAGCAGGCUUUGGGCAUCAGGAACACUUAAGCAAGAAUGGACACCCAGGAGGAUGGGAGGCAGACGAGGCUGCAGGAUGGUGAAGUUUGUGUCAGUGCUGUUGGACUGGGCUGCCAUCUCUUGGUUAAUAAUCACAAUGACAUUAAACUACAGUUUAUUUGCCUGCUUUCUUGGUGCAGCUGGUUGGAGAGCAUGUUAGGCUCUGCUCUUGCUGAACAAGAAUGAUCUGACUUGGUUCGGUGCCCCUUUCACCCAAAACUCCUUUGAAGUUCAUUGUCUCCUUCUCUGCUCUGUCUUCUUUAGGUGAAGGGGUAACCUCCUCCUUCUGUGUUGGCCUGCUUCCACUGUUUUUAACCUAUUUGAAGUAGAGAUAUUCCUGAUGGCUGUUCUGAAAAUGAUCUCUCCAAAAAUCUGUACAUUUUAUCCUUUUGUAGGCUACUAACAGAAGAUGUGGCAACAGUGUGUUGUACUUUAUCGUUAAUGUGCUGGGAUGUGCGUGUCCAGUGAUGAAGACUAGACUGAAAGCCGCAAGCGUGUUAGGGUACCGGGAGUGACGGCAACUACAGGCUGUUCCUAUGUUCCAUAUGUUGGACAGCUUGGAGGGAAAGCACAAAUUUUCACUCCCAGUUGUAAAACUCAGCUCAACUUUAUCAAUAUGGGAAUGCCCAUUAGGGGCCUGUGUGAGGAGGUUAAAGGGUAAUUCCACUGAUGUUUCAAAAUGUCGGUGUAAAUCAGUCAGCAAGUUGUAAACAAACUCGGAGUGGUUGGAUGUGAAAUGGUCCUCUGAGAAACAUACUCAGAUUUCUUUACAGUGGUAGUGAUAGGAACCAGGGGUCGCCAUGUCUACCGCCAUGUCCCACCAAUGGCAGUAACUACAUUUAACAUCAUCAUGAAGUCAACCUGAAAUCAAAAUUGAAUGUUUUUGCCUUGUUAGUUCUUGCCCCCCUCAUUAAGCACAAUAAAUUGUAUUAUUCAUUUAAAAGACGAAGUAUAGUCUCACAAAUAUAGUCUUCAUUUACUGUCCAAACCACCAGUGAACCUACACGGGUCUUCAGAGUUUUAUAGCUAAUAUAUCUGGGGAAAAAAAUGUUUUCUUUGGGGUCCUUUUGCCUAACGCUGGCCUGCAUGUUCUCUUCCUUGCAGGUAUUUUAA